AUGCCUACGACAAGCAAUUUCUCGACGGCAUUUACUUGCUUCGCCAACCUCCCAGCAGAACUCAGACUGCAAAUAUGGGAAACUACAGUGGCGCAAGAACAAGACGCGGCUAUAUAUACUUAUCCCAAAGACCACCGCCUGGAAUACGAUAUUGAAUGGCCUGAUCAACCAAUGUCACACGCCAUGGUAGAGACGUGUCGAGAGAGUCAAGAAGUUAUGCGCAAUACCUGCAUCGGCACCAUCUUGAUGCCUUUAGACCCGGGGGCACUUGCCAGUCUCGAAUCCUUGGAUGAGAGGGUAGAUGCAAUUGCUACAUUGUGGCCGGAACAGAAUACCUUGGAGGACCUUCAAGCUUGCCUAAUGAAGCGAGCAGAGGCAAACGAACGCCACCGGACCAAGACAAUUUACAUCGGCAUCUCGGCCGUAUUAUGUGGUAACGAGACCGACCUUGGUGAUUUGGGGUUCAAAGUCUACGAUCUGGACGACACGUCGCUCCCACAAUUUCUGGCCGAAGUUAUAACCAGCUAUUACGGACGUCGGCUCCACGCUUCCAAUGAAUGUUUCAUAAAGAAACUCAAAGCUUACUGGGAAGAAAAUCAAGCUGUCAGGGAACUACGAGAUACGUGGGACAGGCUUAGAUCAGGCAAGGAGAACGUCAUGCCCGUGUUGAAGCCCGUCGUUAUCUUUGCCGACUUCUAUCGACUGUUUGUUGGAAUAGAAACACUUAUUGGAAGCGACCAACUAUCGAAUGGCCUAUACUUGGACCUCUUUCCGGAGGAUGAUGCACUUAUGUCGGAGUGUUGA